AUGAUCGACGACCUUGAAAAAGAAUGGGGUUACCCGCCGAGUCGUAGAUUUGACUACAUCCACCAGCGGAGCAUGUCUGGCAGUAUAGGAGAUUGGACGGCAAUGUACAAGCAAGCACUCGACUCGCUGGAGCCUGGAGGCUGGUUCGAGGUUCAAGAGUUUGAAGUGUGGUUCUACUCCCAGAAGCCUGACGGUCUCCCUGACGACUCACCCAUCGUUAAAUGGCAAAAGCUCAUUGACCAGGCAAGUAUCUCGUUCGGUCGACGUCUGAAUAAUGUAUCACAAUUCGAACAUCAUCUUAAGGAAGCCGGUUUCGUUGACGUCCAGACGCAAAUAAUCAAGACUCCCAUAGGUCCGUGGCCUCGGGAGCGAAGGCUCCGAGAGAUAGGAGCAUUUCUUCGGGCUCAAAUGCUGGAUGCUUUGGAAGCUGUCACGCUAGCAUACCUCACCCGAGCGCUUGGAUGGACACAGGAAGAAAUUCAAGUGAUGCUCGCGGAUGUGAGGAAGGAGUUCAGUGAUAAAAACAACCUGCUGUACACGUACUGCUGGUUCAUCACUGCCAGAAAGCCCGGAGGGGCCGGGAAAUCUCCCUAA